AUGGCUAAAAAAACGUAUGAUCUUCUGUUCAAGUUAAUGCUUAUUGGUGAUUCCGGAGUUGGAAAGACAUGCAUUCUUUUCCGCUUUGUUGAUGAUUCCUUCUCGUCGUCGUUUAUUUCAACUAUAGGAAUCGAUUUUAAAAUAAAGACCGUCGAAAUCGAUGGCAAGCGUAUUAAGUUGCAGAUUUGGGACACCGCUGGCCAGGAACGUUUCCAGACCAUUACGGCGUCGUACUACCGUGGAGCUAUGGGCAUUAUGUUGGUGUACUCCGUAACAUGUCGGAAAUCCUUUGAGAAUAUUUCUAAGUGGAUGUCGAAUAUCACAAAUUUGGCUUCAGAUGAAGUUGAAAAAAUCAUUGUUGCUAACAAGGCUGACAUGUCUGAUCAACGUCAAGUUUCCGAGGCUGAAGGCUUGGCCGUUGCCGAAAAGUAUGAAGUCAAACACUUUGAGACUAGUGCUAUGAAUGGUACAAACGUGGAAGCUGCUUUUCUGGAACUCACGAGGGCCAUUUUGAAGAAAGUCCCCAGGAACCAGGAUAUUGCUUCGCCUGGUGCUCGUGUUCACAACCUUGAUGCUAAACCAAUGUCUUCCUCCUGCUGCUAA